AUGGAUGAUCCACAUAGGCUUGGACGAAAUCCCGUGAAUGGCAAACAGCGACGACUGCUGGAAGGGCAUGGCGUAGGGCUCAUAGGUGCUGUGAAACGAGCAGAACUUCUGGUGCUGGAAGAUGGUGAAAAUGAAAGUAUUGGAAUCGUUGGGUUGGCAGAGAGGGGUCUGCCCGGUUGCAGAGGCUAUCAGGAGCCCAGGACGAAAGAGCUCAAUCGUCAGGAAGAGGGUAAGCAGUGUGCCAAGAGUGGACACGGUGCGCUCGAGGUUUUACGCAGCAUCGCCUUCGAGGCAAUAUGUGUGUACGAACAGUACAACAGUAGCCAGAAUGAAGCUCCUCAUCCGGGACAUGGUCGUGCAAAAGCCAUUGAAGAUGGGUAUAAUGUGAUUUGUACAUUGACAUCGCAAAGGGAGAACAGCGGGCUGCAUGUCAAGUAUUUCUGA